AUGACAACUAACACCGCUCCCCUCUCCGGUGUUCGCGUCGCCGACUUUUCGGUUCACGCCGCCGGCCCCUUCGCCGGCAUGAUCCUGGCGUCGCUGGGCGCCGACGUCAUCAAGGUGGAAUCUGCGGCGCGCCUGGACAUUACGCGGCGGCCCCAUGCCAUGUACGGAAAGCCGCCGUCGUCCUUCGAGCAGGUCAACGCCUGCAAGCGUUCGGUUACGCUGAAUCUCAAGGAACCGCGGGCGCUGGAACUUGCCUACGACCUGGUUCGCAUCUCCGAUGUCGUGCUGGAGAAUUUUCGUCCCGGCGUGAUGGAUCGUUUAGGGUUGGGCUAUCCGCAGCUGCGUGAGAUCAAACCCGACGUUAUCAUGGUGUCGUUGUCCUCCAACGGGCAGACGGGGCCAGAAGCGCGGUAUGCCGGCUACGCUCCCAUGUUUGCCGCCCUGGGUGGCCUGGGAUACGUGACCGGAUACCCGGACGGCCCGCCGGUAGAGUUGCGCCACGCCAUGGAUCACACGGGCGGCAUGAUGGCGGCAUUCUCCGCCGUCGCCGCCCUGUGCGCUCAUCGCAGCCACCAGAUUGGACAGCGCGCUGACGUCGCCGUGCGGGAUAUCGCCACCGCCUUCAUGGGCCACGCCCUGAUGGAUAUCACCAUGAACCAGCGCGACGCCGUACGCCAGGGCAAUCGGGACGACGCGAUGGCUCCUCACGGCGUGUUCCCGUGCCGCGGCGACGAUGCGUGGGUGACGAUUGCGGUGGGCGGCGACUCCGAAUGGAGGGCGCUGAAAGGGGCGAUGGGUAAUCCCGCCUGGGCCGAUGCCGACGACUACGGCGAUGCGUUUUUGCGCUGGCGGAACCAGGACGCGCUGGAGCAGCAUUUGUCGGAAUGGACCCGAAACCUGACCGCCGAAUCGGUCACCGGGUUGCUGCAGGCGGCGGGCAUUGCCGCUUUCCCGUCCCUGUCCGCCGAUCAGUUGCUGGACGACCCACAUCUGACCGAACGCAACGCCUUUCCGGUAGUUACGCACGUCACCAAGGGCGAGCAGCGGGCGGUGGCUCCGCCCUGGCGGUUUUCGCGAACGCCGGCCGCAGUCGACCGCUGGACGCCCGACCUGGGGGAGCACAACCGCGAGGUGUUCUGCGGCCUGCUGGGCAUGGACGAGGCGGAAUUGAACAACCUGCAAGAGGCUCAAGUUGUUUGGUAG